AUUAUUUUUGCAUUUUUUCAGAUAAAAUGAUUUUGGAGGAGGAAGUUUUAAGCAAUUUUCAGGUCCUAAGAUGUUAUAGUCGGGACAAACGGAUAAACUAUAUUGAUUUUUCUCAUGACGGAUUACGGUUGAUAGCUAGCGGAGAGGAUGAUUCUAUGGUGAUAUAUGAUUGUGAAAAGGCUAUGCAGAAGCAAGUGAUCAGAUCUGCUAAGUAUGGAGCUGAUCUUGUUCAUUUCACUCAUGCAUCCAAUACAAUCAUCUACGCGUCUAACAAGGAGGGACGGGAUCAUGCUCUUAGAUACAUGUCCAUUCACGACAACAAAUUUCUCAAGUAUUUCAGGAUUAAUAUUUGCUGUUGGUGUGCAGAGUGA